CUUCCCCCAUGUUUUGUGCUUUUCGCAUCCCCGAGUCGACAGCUUUGUCACUCAACCAAGCGUAACUCGCUCCGCGCACGCCGCUGCGAUCACCUAAGCCAGCACCCUAACACAAUGGCCCUACGCGCAGCGCUCUGCUGCGUGCUCGCCCUAAAAGCAACAGCCGAAGGCCCGGCCGGCGUCGCAGAUGACAUCUUUGCGGCCGUCCGCCGCGACGACGCCGCGGCGAUCGAACGCCUCUACAAUGCGGACAAAUCAAUACUAGACAAGACCGGGCCGGGCGGCCAGUCGCCGACGAUGCACGGCGUGCUGCAGGGCAAGGCGAAGGCGGUCGCGACGCUCAUCAAGCUCGGCGCGGACCUGACGGUGCCCGAGAAGGACGGCUACACUCCCAUGCACGGCGCGGGCUUUCAGGGACGAGCGAAGGUCGCGAAACUCCUGGCGGCGGCGGGCGUCGACGUCAACGACGUCCACACCGACGGCUACGCGCCGAUCCACCGCGCGUGCUGGGGCACGCAGCAGCGGCACGCCGAGACGGUCGAGGCGAUGCUCGCGCUCGGGGCAACACUCGCCGACAAGGCGGCCUGCCGCGCGGCGGCCGACGGCUCGAACGCGUGGACCGCCGGAGUGGUAACGGCGCACUUCGCCCAGGCGGACCUGUGAUGUGUGUAAGUAACUAGUACCUUCAAUAACACUUUAGGAUGCCUGAUUGCAGGUCCGGUGCUCGCGACCGGACGUGCGGCCGAUGCGGGCGCAUCGGCCGGAUAAAAAAGUAGGCGCCGUCUGCUGGCGAC